CGGCAGUCAAUGUCAGAACGCGAAACGGCGGCGUUGACAACGGAGCUGCUCUAGAAUCGCUCUGUCAGCUCGGGAAACUUUCAGCUAAUACGCAAAGUGAACGUGGCUAAUAGCAUAACAAAGCAAAUUAACCGAAUCAAUCAAAGCGUCAAUCAAGCGGAAUAUGCGCACUCACAACCACAACAAUAACAAAAGCAACAGCAAGUGUCUUGGGCAACAGCAACAACAAUAGAAGUGAACAAAUUAAAACACGCGCUCAACAGGUGACACAGCCAAAAACAAUAAAUACACGACCAUAAUAUAUUGGCAUAGUUAAUUAAUUCCAGACAGGAAAAACAGCACAACAACAACAAAAAAGAAGAAGCAAAAAAACAAAUAAUUGUUGCUAAUUUCUGUCCGCAUUUGGCGUUAAUCCAGGGCGCAGAUAGCACAGAUAGAACUGAUAAUGAAACUGUGAUACAUUUGACAAUUUUUGUUGUCGUCGUGCCUAAUUAAGCCGUCACACACUCAAGUGCGCCACUUCACAUAGCUCGGAACACCCCGCCCACAAACUCGCCCACUAUCGCAGUGCCAAACAAUAGCAACAACAGCAGCAACUAUUAUUCGUAGCCGAAGACGAAGAGGAAGAGCUAUAAGAAGUGAAGGUUUUUGCCGGUAACCAGCGACGCCAGCAGCAGCAACAACAACAAACGCGCUGUCAACGCCGCCGUCGGAGUCAACUGCUGCGCAAACUGAACGCAUUUUCGAUAUUGCUCGCUAAAGUAAUAGUGCGUGUGUGUGUGUGUGUGUAGAAGAGACGGAGCACGACGCGUCGCGGCGUUGGCUGCACUCCCGCUCAGUGCGCCCAACUUUCUGCAAUCGAGAAUCGCGGCAGAGCUUGGGAUGUGUUGUGACUGUGGCGUUGGCGUUGCCGUUGACGUUGACGUUGGCGCUGGCAUCUCUGCCGCUGCAAAGGAAGUCGAUCUUGUGACUCGCUUGGUGCAACACAAAAGUGCAGCUAAUUGAAUUUAAUGCACAAGCAAAAGGAAUUUCAUUUCAUUUUCACAUGUGACGCAUACGCAGAGCCCACAGCAGAGUCAAACGCAAUGCGGAAAGAAAGUGCGAGUGAAAAAACAAAGCAAAACGCGAAUCUGCACAGUGAAUGCAAAUCCAAAGUAAACAACGCCAAUAAAAAUACAUAAACAAAAGAAAAUCAGUGCAAAGAGUGGAAUUCCACCUACAAUACAUUAAUAUUCAAGGCAACAGCAUCUAAUUGUGAUAUUGCAACAUGUUCAACAAGAGUUCAAACACAAAAUCAAAUAAAAAUGGACAUGAAUCUCUGCUCCUCGUGCCCUCGCCGAAUCACACGCUGCCCCUGCGCACGUGCUCCAAUGCGUCCUCGUUGCGCUUCAAUAUGGGUCACGACCACGAUCACAACAAGAGCCCAGAUGGUUCCGAGGAGGGCCUGGGCUAUACGCACACUCUGAUGUAUGGUCGUUAUACGAAAGAUCUAGGAGAAUUUGCUAAAGAUGAAGCCAGAAAACUCAAACUACUCGAAAAGCGAAGAAAGCAAGAAGAUAAACAAAGAAAUAAGGAACUGUUGGGCAAACGAGCGACGCGCAUAAAACGCAUCUCAUCAUGGAUAUGGAAGCAUACAUUGGCGCGGCUGGGCGAGGAUUGGGUAUUCCUGGCCCUGCUGGGCAUCAUAAUGGCCCUGCUAUCCUUUAUCAUGGACAAGGGCAUAUCAAUAUGUACAAAUGCUCGUAUUUGGCUCUAUCGCGAUCUUACUUCACAGCCCUUUAUACAGUAUAUUGCUUGGGUAUCAUUGCCGGUCUGUCUAAUAUUAUUCUCAGCCGGCUUUGUGCAUCUCAUCGCACCGCAAAGUAUAGGUUCCGGUAUACCUGAAAUGAAGACCAUACUGCGCGGCGUUGCGCUGAAAGAGUAUCUCACAUUUAAGACAUUAGUGGCCAAGGUAAUUGGUUUAACGGCAACUCUGGGCAGCGGUAUGCCAUUAGGAAAGGAAGGUCCUUUCGUACAUAUAGCAAGUAUUGUAGCACAAUUAUUAAGUAAACUCGUCACAUCAUUCCAAGGCAUAUAUGAGAACGAGUCCCGCAACUCUGAAAUGCUGGCGGCUGCCUGUGCCGUCGGCGUGGGCGCGUGCUUUGCUGCGCCCGUAGGUGGCGUUCUGUUUAGUAUUGAGGUAACCACAACGUAUUUUGCGGUGCGCAAUUAUUGGCGCGGUUUCUUUGCGGCCGUGUGUGGUGCGACGGUUUUUCGACUGCUGGCUGUGUGGUUCCAGAAUGCGGAUACUGUGCGCGCACUAUUCCUAACCAAUUUUACCACAGAAUUUCCCUUCGAUCCGCAGGAGCUGUUUGUAUUUGCAUUAAUUGGCUUUGUUUGCGGCUUAGGUGGCGCCACCUAUGUGUGGGUGCAUCGUCGAUAUGUGCUUUUCAUGCGCUCCAACAAGCGCAUGAACAAAUUUCUACAAAAGAAUCGCUUUCUGUAUCCCGGCUUUCUGGCGCUGUUGGUCUCUAGCAUUUCAUUUCCCCUAGGCACCGGCCAGUUUUUAGCUGGGGAGCUCAGCACACACGAACAGGUGACGCAGUUGUUCAGCAAUUUCACCUGGUCGCGCAGUGAUCUGACUGUGGAGCAGGCUGCCGUUGUCACGCACUGGAUGACCAGCUACACGAGCGUCUUUGCCAACCUGGUGAUCUUUACCAUCUUCACGUUCUUCUUUUCCAUCAUAGCGUCCACAAUCCCGGUGCCAUCGGGCAUGUUUAUACCUGUAUUUAAAAUUGGCGCCGCAUUUGGUCGCUUGGUGGGCGAACUAAUGGCCUCCUGGUUUCCACAUGGCGUGCGCUACGGCGGUCGAUUGUCACCCAUUAUGCCAGGUGGCUAUGCCGUUGUCGGCGCAGCUGCCUUUUCCGGCUCUGUGACGCAUACGGUAUCCGUGGCUGUGAUUAUCUUUGAGAUGACUGGACAGAUAACCCACGUUGUGCCCGUGAUGAUAGCCGUGCUGGUGGCCAAUGCGGUGGCAUCGCUGCUGCAGCCCUCGAUCUACGACAGUAUUAUACUGAUUAAAAAGCUGCCGUAUUUGCCUGAUCUGCUGCCAUCUAGUUCCGGCAUGUACAGCAUCUUUGUGGAGGAUUUCAUGGUGCGGGACGUGAAGUACAUUUGGCAUGGUAUCUCCUAUCAAAAGCUUAAAGAGGUGCUCAAGAUCAACAAGGCGCUGCGCUCCCUCCCGCUUGUGGACAGUCCAGAAAAUAUGAUACUGCUUGGCUCUGUGCAGCGGUACGAGCUGAUCAAGAUAAUUGAGAAGCAUAUUGGACGGGAGAAGCGCAUGGAGGUGGCGCAAAAGUGGCAAAAGGAGGCCGAAGAGCGCGCCCUCGAAGAGGAAAAGAAAAAACAAGAAGCUGAGCUAAAACAGCGUCGACCCUCACGCUUCGAAGUGCUGCCCGCCCCAGACAUACUCAGUCUGCGGCAGAUAGCCAACGAUGAGAUGCUGCCCCCCAAGAAACGGGCGGAGACGCUACACAGUUCCUUAACGCCACGCAAGUCCAUAUUGAAGAAGACCAACUCCUUCAACUUAAAGACCUACGCGCCCGCCUCGCCGCACAGUCCCAGCAUUACGCCGUACACCACGAUAACAGGCAAUUCGGAGUUUCGUAUACGGUCCGCAUUCGAGGCCAUCUUCAAGAAAUCCACCACGCUGCAGGAUGUACAGCCUGAUCCGGAAAUGGGCUCCAUGUCGCCGGCAGCAAGCAACAAUGAGGUGCAAGGGCAACGUGCACCCAGUGCCCCCAGCACACCUGGCAUAUCCAAGAAGGUUCAGUUGCAAGCACAAAACAAUUGGAACUUUGUCACAGAUCAGAUCAUGCUGCAAGUAAACCCUAUUACAAAAUCGGAGUCAGCCAAAAAAAUGGAUGACACAGAUGUUACCAUAACAGAGAAAACAGAUUCGUAUAAACCAAUUAAUAUGCCGCUGAACGAUGUGAAUACAGAUAAGACCUGCAUUAAAUACAAAACAAAUAAAGUUUCAGAUAUUAAUAGACAGACCCACGAACCGGCUACUGUGUCCCUUCUAAACGAGAAUCACGUAGAUAAGCAAAGAAAUGUUAAGAAAAAAAUUCAAUUCAGCUGCGAUGUGAGAGUUAAAGAUUCGGCAUUGCAUGGCUGUACGCUGGAUAAGCUAUCCGAUAAUCAAGAAUCAAAUGAAAUGGGUUAUACGAUAGAAGAUGACGAUGAUAAGUUUAAUGACGAUGACGAGCAGACGAGCACGAUUACAAAAAAGGCAAAGUCAGUGCAAUUGCCAAGGGAACGUGUUAUAGACAUGUCGCCAGAGGAUCAGAAGCAAUGGGAACUGGAGGAAAUGCAGAAACCCAUCGAUCUAGAAAAGGCACAGAUACAUAUAGAUCCAUCGCCCUUUCAACUUGUGGAACGCACCUCCAUACUCAAGGUGCAUUCGCUGUUCUCUAUGGUGGGCAUUAAUCAUGCGUAUGUAACAAAAAUCGGACGUCUUGUUGGUGUGGUCGGUCUCAAGGAGUUACGCAAGGCCAUCGAAGACAUCAAUAGCAACAGCUUCGUGGCACAUCCCCGGGACGAGGAACCCAAUUCCGACUCGAAACCUGCUGCGGAGAAGCCUCUGCUGGCAGCUAGUCCAAGUGCUAGUGACAAAGCCGUUGACAUGACCAUUACCUCAAUGGAUUCGGCGCUCUCUAAUUCUGACAACUGUUCCGAUAUUGAAAUGGAGCAUCUGAAGUCUCUCGAUACGCCAGAAAUAGCGCUGACCAUGCCGGCAGCAGAAGCAAAUGCAAAUGCAAUAACACAAGACACAAACAAAUCUGUUUAAACUAGGUUUCCAUCUGUAGAAAAAAAAUAUUUAUAUAUAUUUACUGUUAGCUACGGCAACAAUGUUUGUUAAAUGCCGUUGUUAAAACUCUUUAAAUUUACAGUUUAAAGCUAAACUAAGUGAUAGCAUAAUUAAUUAAUUAGUUGACCAUGUUGUUAUGUAUUUAUAUAUCUCGCUAGUACAUAAAAUCAAAGAUAUCGUGAUCUAUAUUUAAGUUGCAGCAAGUGCAAAAUAAAUAUUUUAAA